CAAUCUCUAAUAUCUUCAACCUCCAAACUUUUUCAAAGCAAUCAAGCACUUGAGCUCCAAUGGCUGGCUUUAGCUUACACAUGCUCUUCACCAAGCUAUCACUGGUUCUGAGUCUUCUGGGAAGUGCAAACUUUGGGCUGUGGCAAGAACCUAUCAGCAGCAGUAGCAGCAGAUUAGAAAUAUACCCACCAACUUGCAAGAGAAUAGAGUGUCCAUCUUAUGAUGUUAUAGAAGUUGGUGAUGGGUAUGAAAUUCGCAGAUACAACUCUUCUGUUUGGAUGUCGACUUCUCCCAUCCAAGACAUCUCCAUUGUUGAAGCCUCCAGAACUGGUUUCCUACAGCUAUUUAACUACAUUCAAGGGAAGAAUAACUAUGGAGAAAAGAUAGAGAUGACAGGUCCAGUUAUUACUGAAGUUUCUCCAAGUGAUGGACCUUUCUGUGAAUCCUCAUUCACUGUCAGUUUCUACGUUCCAAAAGAGAAUCAAGCAAAUCCACCUCCUGCAGAAGGCCUCCAUGUUCAAAGAUGGAAACAAACAUAUGCAGCAGUAAGGCAAUUCAGUGGAUUUGUCUCAGAUUCAGAUGUUGGAGAGGAAGCUGCUGCUUUGGCAGAUAGCCUAGCAGGCACUAUAUGGGCUACUGCAAUUCAGAAAAGCCAUGAAGGUGAUGCUACUUCUGUGUAUACAGUUGCACAGUACAAUUCUCCAUUUGAAUUUGAUCACAGGGUUAAUGAGAUAUGGAUGUUAUUUGACAUAGAUGAUCAGCUCAGGAUUUGAGAUAAUAAGAGUUAAUAGUCAUACAUGUACCAUGUUCUUGAUGAAACUAGCCACGCAAGCUCUUAUGGUGGAUGAACUGUUUAAAGUUUUCUGUUGUAGUGAUAUUGAAUAAAGGUGCCUGUGUUUUUGCUAUCAA